CAAGAAGAAGAUGAGGACAUGUUUGAGGCAGCACUUCCAACAAGAAGAAGAAGAUGAGGACAUGUUUGAGGCAGCACUUCCAACAAGAAGAAGGACUAGAAGUGACGUCAUACCUGAGUGCCCACUUGGGGGUCCGCGACGCAUGAGAACCGGAAGAGACGAGAGGUGGGCGUGUCCUUAGUGGUCGUGGCCCCGCCCCCCGUGCUGGCGGCCACACUCUGCAAGAAGAAGAAAACUACUUUGUUUGUCCGGAGACUUCUUCCAAACUUCACUUGGUCCAAGCAGCUUUCACUGCAAGUCUGCUGCUCCAACUCUGGAUCUUAUUCAAAUGUUGCAUUUGAAGAAGGAAGACGAUGACUGACGGACAACUUGGACGGCAGGGCUGAGCUGGGCUCUCCACAGGACAAGCAGUGUUUGAGGCAGAUCGGGAAAGAGGACACCUCGAGGCAGCAUGGAUCUCGGCAACGAGGUGGACCUGUCCAACAAUAACAUCAUGCCCCUGUGGAAACGCCGCACGGACAACUGCAAAAUCCCACAGGAUUUUCGUAAGCCACGUCCCAGUAGCUACCACACCAACGCUGUCACCACCACGGACUUCCCUGUGGAAGAGUGCACGUUCACGUUGAGCCAACCGGCAGAGAAGCUGGUGGUCACGGCGCCGUGUCCGGGCAGAAACACCGCCGUGUUGAAGCAUGUUUUGCACAAACCUUCUAAAAAGUCCCGGGUGGUUCGGAGCAUUAGCAUCGGGCACAUCUCCAACGGACGCUUCUCCUUGUCUAAAUUGAAGUUUGAGAGCGGCAGAUCGGCCUCGCUGGACAAACGAGUGUGUAACACAGAAAACAACAGCAAUGGUUGGCCAGAGAAGUGUGUCGGGGAUCCUCAAGCACUCAUUUCUCGGGUGUUUAGUCUCAACCUGCCUAAAGACAAGAUGGCACUCCACCUGUCCUCACCUGAAGGGCUUCCGAACAACAACAACAACCACCUCCAACUGUCCUUCUCGCCGCCAUCAAGCCCGUGUCCUCCAGCUCCACGGACUCCUUCCCACAGCUCCACUUCCAGCAUCCCCUCUCUAACCUCCGACGACCCCCCGACACCUCCUGCUUCCUCGCCGGCUGACAGCCUUCCCACACAGUCCUCCCCCUCACUAGACGCCAGGCCUACUUCUUCUUCUUCCCCCUGUCCCUCCGUGGUCCUCAGCACCCACAGCCCCGCCGCCCUGAAGAUGGGGACCCAGCAGCUCAUUCCCAAGGGCUUGGCCUCAGACACCCGGCAGAGCAAGGCCACUCCAUCCGGGCAGCAAGGGUUGACUGGGCUGCUGGGCUCGGACACUUCCAAGAGGACAUUAAAAACCCUCAGCAUGGUGGAGACAGGGGCCUACUUUUCCACGGGAAGGGGCCACGGCGAGGCCACGGACGGAGAAAAGGAAAGCCCCGGGGCGUUGAGGCGGGGCCUGAGGAGUACGUCCUACAGGAAGGCUGUUGUCAGCGGAGUCGAUCUGGAGGCCCAGCCUGUCAUGAAAGGAUUGGAUGGCCACAAUAAAAGUCCACCAGCCGGCCCGAGCGCUCUUUGCCCGGUGAAGCCUCACAGCCCGGGGACGCCCAAGCCUCACAGCCCGGGGACGCCCAAGCCACCCAGCCCGGGGACGCCCAAGCCUCACAGCCCGGGGACGCCCAAGCCACCCAGCCCGGGGACGCCCAAGCCUCACAGCCCGCGGACGCCAACUCCUACUGGAACAGGGAAGAACAAGAUUCCUGAAAAGAGGAACCUUUUGAGCCCUCAGCGGACUUUUGACAGCGAAGAGGAAGAAUUGUACCAGAACUAUCAGGAAAAGGCCUUACAUUACGAUUCGGAUGAGGAUGCCGAUUCCAGAGAAGCCCAGGCUGAUACCAGCAUUGUGGUGCAAUACAGACCCAUACGGACCUCCUGGAGCCAGCUCAGCGUGGUCAAGAAAAGCGGUCUGUUUGAUCGGAUGAGUCAGGAAGAACGUAAAAGACAAGAGGCCAUCUUUGAGGUGAUCUCCUCCGAGCACUCCUACCUCCACAGUCUGGAGAUCCUGAUCCGCUUGUUCAAGAACUCCCCGGAGCUCAGCGCCGCCAUGACCAAGACGGAACACCACCACCUCUUCUCCAACAUCGUGGAUGUGUGUGAGGCCAGUAAAAAGUUCUUCAAGGAGUUGGAGGAGAAACACCAGCACAGCGUAGUGAUCGAUGACAUCAGCAAUAUUGUUUGCACGCACGCCAUGUCUAACUUUGAUCCUUACGUGACGUACUGCUCCAACGAGGUCUACCAGCAGAGGACUCUGCAGAGGCUACUGGCCAAGAAUGCAGUUUUCAAGGAGGUGCUGACCAGGAUCGAGGGCCACCCCGACUGCAGGAACCUCCCCAUGAUCUCCUUCCUCAUCCUGCCCAUGCAGAGGGUCACACGUCUGCCCUUGCUCAUGGACACAAUUUGCCAGAAGCUUCCUAAAGAGUCGAGUCAGUAUGAGGAGAGCAAGAAGGCUCUACAUGCUGUCAGCAAGGUGGUCAGGAAAUGUAAUGAGGGGGCGCGUACCAUGGAGAGAACAGAGAUGAUGUACACCAUCAACUCCCAGCUGGACUUUAAGAUCAAGCCUUUCCCUCUGGUCUCCUCCUCCAGGUGGAUGGUGAAGAGAGGAGAGCUGACGGCGCUUGUGGAGGACAACGGCAUCUUCCUCAAGCGGACAGCGCGGCAACAGGUCUACUUCUUUCUCUUCAACGACGUCCUCAUCCUCACUCGGAAGAAGAGCGAGGACAGCUACUCUGUGAUGGACUACGCACUGAGGGACCAGAUCUGGGUGGGCCCCUGCCAGCCCCAGGAGCUCAAUCUGUCCCCCGUCCGCAGCAGUGCCAGCAUGCUGAUCUCACGCCAGGCUGGUGCCAACCAUCUCUUCAGGCUGCGUUUCCUCAGCAACCACUCAGGGGAGAAGGUGCCCAUGGUCUUGGGGACCGAAUUAAUGUAA